GAAGUAUCUCAGUUCAACAGUCCAGCCCCUUCCCCAGUGGCAAGUGGGGGGAGUACCCAGGUCCACCCACAACUCCAGGUCCUGACCCAGGGACCCUGUAGAUAGCAGCCUCCUGCUGCAACCCCUUAACUUUGCUCCAUGCUGCUUCUAUUCUCUGGGCCACUUCCCUACAGCCCCAGCACCUUCUUCGCCCUCGUCUCAGAGUAUCCAACCAGCAAGUCCCAGCAGGUCCCUCUUGCUCCCCUUGUCCCUGCCAGCAACUGCUCUGUCCACGGUGCUAACUUUCCUGCAACCUGCUAGGAACACAGUCCUCACUCCUUGGGCUCCCCAGAGCAAUUGACUGUCUCUGGCCUUGCAACUCCUUUUAUGUGAUCCCACUGGACCUUGAUCGGCUGCUCUGUGCAGCCUCCCUGCAAUUGGCUGCUUCCUGCACUGCCUCACUAGGUUGCGUGGAGGACUCACCUCCACUGCUCCUUUCUGGGGUGGGGUGUGGAGGCCCAUAAGGCCUCCAUUAACCCCUUCUUCUCUGCUGUGGGGUGAACACCCCAUCACAGAGAUGGAGAUGGAAGGAUAUGUGGGUGAGUAGAUAGGGGAUAUGGGGAUGGGUGGGUGGGUAGCUGGGUUUAUGGAGGGAUGGAUUGCUGAGUAGUUGGGUUCAUAGGGAGAUGGAGGGAUGGGUUGGGCCGGGCCCAUAGAGGAAUGCAGAGUUAGGGUAGUUGAUCCAUAUGGGUAGUCGGCUCUGUAGGGUGAUGGAGGGAUGGAUAAUUGGGUCUCUUGGGCAAUGGAGGGAUGAAUAGUUGGAUCUGGGGGUGUGUGGAUAGUUGGGUCUGUAGGGGAAUGGGAGGAUGGAUAGUUGGCUUCGUAGGGUGAUAGAGGGAUGGAUGGGUAGCUGGCUCUGUAGAGAGAUGGAUAGGUAGUUGGGUUCAUGAGGGGGGAUAGAUACAUACAUAGAGGAGGGUGCAGGGAGAUGGAUAGACAUGUAGAUGGAUCUGCAUGGGGAUGGAUGGAAGGAAAGAGAAAUUGAUCUUCUGCAUCCCUCCUUGCCACAACUGACUCCCCCUUUGCCCCCUUCCCUGUGACAACCCUCCCGUGGCGAAAGCCCCCUCCCCAUCCGUUAGAGAGCACAGGGUACUAGGUGACACUCACCAACAGUGCAUGUUUCUGCCUGGCUCAGCCCAGCCUCACUCUGCUUCUCCUAGGAGAGGGCUUCAGCUGGCUCAGAACAUGGGCUCAGCUCCACCCAGCUACCAGGGAAUGGUGGGGCAGAGACAGCAAGGAAAGGUGGAGGAACAGGGUUAAUCACCCUCUAGAGACACCCCUGCUCUGACACUAGCCACUGGCACAUGGACACUCAACCCAGAGCCGCUGCCUGGCACAACAAUGGGACUGGAAGUCAGGACUCCUGGGUUCUAUCCCCAGCUCGGCGUGGGAGAGCGGGGUUUGGGAAUCAGGACUCCUUCAUUCUAUUCUACUUCUCCCCUCCCUACAGUCUCUGGGUUGGUUAAUCACAGAUCCAGCCCCAUGACCAGGUUUGCUAUUAACCAUCCAUGCUGGCCCCCGGGGAACCUUCCGGGAGGUGUCAUUUCGGUACAGGGAGAGAGACAGCAACAGUAUGGAGAGGGUGCCGCAGGCCGUCAUCAACAACCCUGCUGAUAUCGGGGUCAUCGUGGGCUACUUCGUCCUGGUCAUCUGCGUAGGGCUCUGGUCCAUGUGUCGCACCAACCGGAGCACCAUCGGGGGUUAUUUCCUGGCUGGUAGAAACAUGGUCUGGUGGCCGGUGGGCGCGUCUCUCUUUGCCAGUAACAUCGGCAGUGGGCACUUCGUGGGGCUGGCUGGCACCGGUGCCGCCAAUGGCCUAGCUGUGGCCGGCUUUGAGUGGAAUGCUCUCUUCGUGGUUCUCCUCCUUGGAUGGCUCUUCGUACCUGUCUACCUCACUGCUGGGGUGAUCACAAUGCCCCAGUAUCUGAAGAAGCGAUUUGGGGGCCGGCGAAUCCGGAUCUAUCUGUCCGUCCUGUCCCUCUUUCUCUACAUCUUCACUAAAAUCUCAGUGGACAUGUUCUCGGGGGCUGUGUUCAUCCAGCAGGCGCUGGGCUGGGAUAUCUACAUCGCUGUCAUUGCCCUGCUCAUAAUUACCACCAUAUACACUGUGACAGGUAAUGGGGCUGCAGCUAGGGGGCCCAGGGGCUGCUCCAGCUGGGCCCGGGGCAGGGAGGGGACCCCAGGUGGGCACCGUUUCACCCCACCCCUCCUUGAUCUCCCAGGGGGGCUGGCAGCCCUGAUGUACACCGACACCGUGCAAACCUUCGUCAUCAUUGGGGGAGCCUUCGUCCUCAUGGGCUUUGCGUUUCAUGAGGUGGGGGGCUACCAGGGGCUCUUUGACAAGUACCUGGAGGCCCUUCCCAGCAGCACCCUCUCUCCAGCCCCGGCCCUGUACAACAUCUCAGCCACCUGCUACCAGCCCCGCCCCGACGCCUUCCACCUCCUCCGCGACCCCCUGACCGGAGACCUCCCCUGGCCAGCACUAAUCUUCGGCCUCACCAUCAUCUCCACCUGGUACUGGUGCAGCGACCAGGUGAUUGUGCAACGUUGCCUAGCGGGCAAGAGCCUGACCCACGUCAAAGCUGGCUGCAUCCUCUGUGGGUACCUGAAGCUGUUGCCAAUGUUCCUCAUGGUGAUGCCAGGAAUGAUCAGCCGCAUCCUCUACCCAGACGAGGUGGCCUGCGUGGUGCCAGAGGACUGCAAGCGGAUCUGUGGCACUGAAGUUGGCUGCUCCAACAUUGCCUACCCCAAGUUGGUGGUGACUCUCAUGCCUGCCGGUUUGCGGGGGUUGAUGCUGGCCGUGAUGCUGGCCGCCCUGAUGAGCUCCCUGGCCUCCAUCUUCAAUAGCAGCAGUACCCUAUUCACCAUGGACAUCUACAACCGCCUGCGGCCCCAGGCCAGGAGCAAGGAGCUGCUGAUUGUGGGCAGGGUGUGGAUCUUGUGCAUGGUGGCCAUCAGCAUUGCCUGGAUCCCAGUGGUGCAGGCGGCACAGAGCGGGCAGCUCUUCGAUUACAUCCAGUCCAUCGCCAGCUACCUGGCGCCACCCAUUGCCGCUGUCUUCUUCCUCGCCCUGUUCUUCAAGAGGGUCAACGAGCCCGGCGCGUUCUGGGGGCUAAUCGGGGGGCUGCUGAUGGGCCUGGCCCGUCUGCUGCCUGAAUUCGCCUACGGCACAGGCAGCUGCAUCUUCCCCAGCGCCUGCCCAAGACUUAUCUGCGGGGUGCACUACCUGUACUUCGCCAUCAUCCUCUUCCUUGCCAGCGUCGUCCUGGUGGUGGGGGUAUCGCUUUGCACCCCGCCCAUCCCCGACAAGCACCUACACCGCCUGGUGUUCAGCCUGCGUCACAGCAAAGAGGAGCGCGUGGAGCUGGACACGGAGGAGGAGGAGGAGGAGGAGAGAAGGAGGCAGGAAACGAGGCAGCAACAGGGAGUGGCUGCGAACGGGGCUGUGGAGCACGUGCUGGAGGUGGAAGGCCCCCCGGCUGGUCAGCCCCAGGGCAGCGUGGGGCGCUGCAUGGCCUGGCUCUGCAGCCUGGGGGGUGCACCGCAGCGGGCACCGGAGCCGGGUGUGGAGCGGCUGCCAGACAUCACGGAGCACCCGACCUGGAGCCGGGUCGUCAACCUCAACGCCAUCGCCAUGAUGGCCCUCGCCCUCUUCCUGUGGGGCUAUUACGCCUGAGCCGCUGCAAUGGGGAGCCCCACCGCGGGGAGCCCUCCCACCUCUGCCACGGGGCUCCCAGGCCGCCUCCCACCUCAGCCCCCCACUGCGGCCAAAUAAACCCUCUUUCCUCUAGCCCCUCCCCGUGCCCUCUAUUCAAUGGGGCCUCUCCCUGUUGUGGGGUCCCCUCUGCCCUAUGCCAUGUGCACCUCCCCCUCCCCCAAGGUAUUUUCUGGGGGCUCCCCUUCCCCCCAACCCCAGUGCAGAGACCACAGGAAGAGGGAGGAAACGGGAGGGGGGCAGCAGAGCCCCCAGCCCUCACCGACCACCAGCCCGGCCUCCCACCAGCCCCAUGAAACUCAGGCUGGGAAGAGUGUGGAGGGAAAGCAAUAGACAAAUAAAUGAAUGGGAAACUCCA